ACUACUCAACCCCUCUCUGUGCUCUCAAAACCCUUAUUGAGUGUAAGAAGGGCAAAUAAGGAAAAAGGGGGAAAACAAAUAUUCCUUGCUCUCAAGUUACCCGCCGAAAUACAUCCAAGGAAAUCGGCUAGUGGAAGGCUCCUAUUUCCAGCGACCAGCAGAAAAGUGGUCAAACUUCUUGCUCCCAGCUGCUUGCAUAAAGGGAUCUUCUCUGAAAAAAGGAGCUGUCAACACAGUAUCAUGACACCGUUGCGACAUUCUGGUGAACUUGUUUCCUGUCAUUUUAAUUUAAUUUCUUGUGGUCAUACAGUCAUAUGGGGCUUUUGGGUGGGGCCUGAUAUUGAGGAUGGUUGGGGUUUUGUGGAAGCAUUUGUGAAUUGAAUAUAUUGAUUCUUGAUAGUUCUUGAGUGUUUUUUGUUACUUUAUUAGAUGGAUCUCAAGUGUAGAAUGAUCAGAAUUGGCACAGGUUGGUAAAAUAGCAUUGUGAUUACUAUGUUGUUAUCAUUGGCAAUGAGCACUUAUUACUCCCGGGGAAUAUCUAGCAAUACAACUUGUUUAGUAAUCACCCGGUAAUGCUUCACAACCACAUUCCAGGGGCUAACAAUUUCGAAACUUAAUCUUCAUCUGCAUCUUUCUGUUGCUGCUGCACUAUCUGUAGUCUUGAAAUUUAGCACUGUUAAGCCGAAUCCAUGUUAUAUUGUCUUUUGAGCAUUGUUGACUUCCAUAUAACGAUUAAAUGCCAUA